AUGCCUUCCACGUACCUCGGGUACUUCAACAUUGUCGAGGCCCAGAAGAAUAAGUCGGCAAAGCCAUCAUCUCGACGCGACUCCAAUGAAUCCGACGCCUCGGCUGAAUCAAGCAAGGGCAGGUCUUUCUUCAAGCGAGCCCUCAACCAACUCCGACCAACACAGGAACCCUUGACGCCAGCAAGCAUCUACUCGCCUAGCAUCAAACAAGAGCCUCUGUUCGGUGGCCAGAAACAAUCGACUAAGGCAUGA